AACGCAAAUGUAACCUCACAAGCGCACGUUAGCACCGCCAGUGCUUCCCUGCAAACCUUCUCGUCCUCCUCUCCUUCUCCACUUUAUCCUACGCACCUCGAUGUUCUCUUCCUACAUUUAGGGUUAGGGUUCUUCUUCUCCUUUUCCUUCAUGCUUCGUCUCGUUCCUUCAUUCGCAUUGUAGACUCAACACAGCACAUGGAUCACACAACAAAUCCCAACAACGAUUCCCUUUCCUACUCCACUCUCUUCAAUCUCGAGCCUUUGAUGAACUUUCAACUUCCAGAACAAGAUGAUGAUUUUGAGUAUUAUGGGAAUAGUAGUCAGGAUGAGAGCAGAAACAACAGCCAAGUAGGUGGGGCAAUUGUGAAUGAUAGCAAUGGGAGCAUGCACGGAAGGGAUGUGAAGAGGUCUCGAAACAGUGAUAGCAAGGAGAAGAGUAGUUUUAACGGCACACACAUGACGGAGGAACGAUAUCGAUCAAUGCUUGGAGAGCAUAUUAAGAAAUAUAAGAGGAGGUCUAAGGAUACCUCGUCUAGUCCGGCCCAAAAUCAGGUUGCUGUUCCAGUUGCGAAAAGUAACACAGGAUUAAAAUCUCACAAGUUAGGGAAUGAACGCAGGGGAGGAUUACAGGCUCCAGAGACUACAUCGGAAUGGAUGAAUGGAUCCGAUUCUCAGAAACUAGGGAACUUCCGUGAGGCAAAUUUAGUGCAGCGAUUUGGCACUGAUAGGAUUAUGUAUGAACCUCCAUCUUUGGACAUUGGGGAUGGUAUAACCUACAAAAUUCCUCCAAUUUAUGAUAAGUUGGCUGCAAUGCUGAACCUUCCAAGCUUCUCGGAUAUCCAUGUCGAGGACUUUUACUUAAAGGGUACCUUGGAUUUGGGCUCCUUGGCUGAAAUGAUGGCUGUUGAUAAAAGGUUUUGGAAUAGAAAUCGGGCAGGCAUGGGGGAACCCAUAACCCAAUAUGAAUCACUUCAGGCACGACUAAGGGUCAUGUCAACUUCUAAUUCAGCUCAUAAUUUCAGCCUCAGAGUAUCUGAUGAUGGUAGUUCUUCCAUUCCGGAGGGGGCGCCUGGAAACAUAAAGCGACAUAUUUUAUCUGAGGGUGGUGUACUGCAGGUUUAUUAUGUGAAGGUUUUGGAGAAAGGCGACACAUAUGAGAUCAUUGAACGAAGCCUACCUAAGAAACAAAAGUUUAAGAAAGACCCUGCUUUAAUAGAAAAGGAGGAAAUGGAAAGAUUUGGAAAGGUUUGGGUAAAUAUUGUAAGGAGAGACUUGCCAAGGCAUCAUAGGAACUUCACUACUUUUCAUCGAAAGCAGCUCACUGAUGCCAAAAAGUUCUCGGAUACCUGUCAAAGAGAGGUUAGAAUGAAAGUGAGUAGAUCACUUAAAUGGACAAGGACUGCCAGUAUGCGCACCCGGAAAUUAGCUAGAGACAUGUUACUAUUCUGGAAACGAAUAGAAAAGGAGACGGCAGAAGUGAGAAAAAGAGAAGAAAAAGAAGCUGCUGAAGCUUUGAGGCGCGAACAGGAGCUCCGAGAAGCAAAGAGGCAGCAGCAAAGGCUUAAUUUUCUUAUACAACAAACAGAGCUGUACAGUCACUUUAUGCAGAACAAGUCAAACUUACUAUCUUCAGAAGCUUUGCCCACGGAAGAUGAAAAUACAAAUGACCAAGGUGCACUGAUAAACUCUUCAGAUGCUGGGCCUAAUGAGGAGGAAGAUCCUGAAGAGGCUGAAUUGAAGAGGGAAGCUUUGAAGGCUGCUCAAGAAGCAGUCUCUAAGCAGAGAAGUUUGACAAGCGCUUUUGACACUGAAUGCUUGAGGCUGCGCCAUGCUGGUGAAACUGAUUCAGUACCGCCAGAAGUUGCUGGAGCAAGUAAUAUUGAUUUGCAAACCCCCUCCACCAUGCCUGUGGCAUCCACUGUUCGGACACCUGAAUUAUUUAAUGGUUGUCUAAAAGAAUAUCAACUAAAAGGUCUUCAGUGGCUAGUUAAUUGUUACGAGCAGGGUUUGAACGGUAUUCUUGCUGAUGAGAUGGGACUUGGAAAGACCAUUCAAGCUAUGGCUUUUUUAGCCCAUUUAGCUGAGGAGAAAAACAUAUGGGGACCUUUUUUGGUUGUUGCACCUGCCUCAGUAUUAAAUAAUUGGAAUGAGGAACUUGAGCGCUUCUGCCCUGAACUGAAAAGACUUCCUUAUUGGGGUGGGGUUUCAGAGCGAACAGUGCUCAGGAAAAGUAUCAACCCAAAGGAUCUUUAUCGGAGGGAGGCUAAAUAUCACAUUCUUAUUACAAGCUACCAACUUUUAGUAACUGAUGAGAAGUUCUUUCGGCGCGUGAAAUGGCAGUAUAUGGUUUUAGAUGAAGCCCAGGCAAUCAAAAGUGCAAGCAGUAUAAGAUGGAAGACACUCCUCAGCUUUAAUUGUCGGAAUCGCCUACUGCUAACUGGUACACCCAUUCAGAAUAAUAUGGCUGAGUUAUGGGCUCUUCUGCACUUCAUCAUGCCAACUUUAUUUGACAGCCAUGAGCAGUUUAAUGAGUGGUUUUCAAAAGGAAUUGAAAACCAUGCAGAACAUGGGGGUACUUUGAAUGAGCACCAACUUAAUCGGUUGCAUUCAAUUAUAAAGCCUUUCAUGCUGCGACGUGUUAAAAAAGAUGUGGUUUCUGAGCUGACUACAAAAACUGAAGUUACGGUCCAUUGCAAGUUGAGUUCUCGUCAGCAGGCUUUUUAUCAAGCAAUUAAGAACAAGAUAUCUCUUGCUGAGUUGUUUGACAGUAAUCGUGGGCAGCUUAAUGAAAAGAAAAUCCUGAAUUUAAUGAAUAUUGUUAUUCAACUAAGGAAGGUUUGCAACCAUCCGGAGUUGUUCGAAAGGAGUGAGGGCAGCACAUACCUUUACUUUGGAGAGAUUCCAAAUUCCCUUCCACCUCCUCCAUUUGGGGAGUUGGAGGAUGUAUAUUAUUCUGGUGGUCACAACCCCAUAUCCUAUGAGAUACCAAAAGUUGUCUAUCAAGAAAUAUUGCGAAGUUCUGAAACUCUCAGCUCAGCUGUUGCUCAUGGUGUCUGUAGAGAGCCUUUACAGAAGCAUUUUAAUAUUUUUACACCAGCAAAUAUUUAUCGAUCUGUGUUCUCAGAAGAUAUUCAUGUUAAAAGUGGAAACUUUGGUUUUACCCAUUUGAUGGAUUUGUCUCCACAAGAGGUGACAUUUCUGGCUACUGGUUCUUUUAUGGAGCGUCUUUUAUUUUCUAUGACGAGAUGUGAAGAAAAGUUCAUUAAUGAAGUGGUAGACUUUGUUAUGGAGACCUUAGAUGAUGAUGAUCCAGGAUGUAGUUACCUUGAUAAAGGAAAAGUGAGAACUGUCACACGAAUGUUAUUGGUGCCGCUAAGAUGUGAGACUAAGUUUCUUCAAAACAGUUUGCCAACGGGUACUGGCCAUGCUCCUUUUGAGGCCUUGGUUGUCCCACAUCAGGAUAGGCUUUCAUCAAAUGCAAGGCUUCUUCACUCUGCUUACUCAUAUAUCCCAAAAAGUAGAGCUCCCCCAAUUGGUGCUCACUGCUCUGAUAGAAACUUCUACUAUAAAAUGAUUGAAGAAUUACAUGAUCCCUGGCUUAAGAGGAUGUUUGUGGGAUUUGCACGUACUUCUGAUUGUAAUGGGCCUAGAAAGCCAAAUGGUCCUUCUCAUCAUUUGAUUCAAGAGAUAGAUUCUGAAAUCCCUGUUUCUCAGCCUGCUCUUCAGUUGACACACAGCAUUUUUGGGUCUUCUCCACCUAUGCGAAAUUUUGACCCAGCAAAAUUGCUCACUGACUCUGGGAAGCUUCAAACACUUGAUAUAUUAUUGAAACGCUUACGAGCAGGAAAUCAUCGUGUUCUUCUGUUUGCUCAGAUGACCAAGAUGCUGAAUAUUUUGGAGGACUAUAUGAACUACAGGAAAUAUAAGUAUUUUAGACUUGAUGGAUCAUCUACCAUUCAGGACCGCAGAGACAUGGUCAGAGACUUUCAACAUAGGUCUGAUAUUUUUGUGUUCUUACUGAGUACAAGAGCUGGUGGAUUGGGUAUCAACUUGACAGCAGCUGACACAGUCAUAUUUUACGAGAGUGAUUGGAAUCCAACAUUGGAUUUACAGGCAAUGGACAGAGCUCAUCGUUUGGGUCAGACAAAAGAUGUUACUGUUUACCGACUUAUUUGUAAGGAGACAGUUGAAGAGAAGAUUCUUCAAAGAGCUAGUCAAAAAAGUACUGUACAGAACCUUGUCAUGACUGGUGGUUCUGUUGGCGGUGACCUUUUAGCUCCUGAGGAUGUCGUAUCUUUGCUUCUGGAUGAUGUUCAGUUGGAGCAGAAAUUAAAGGAAAUCCCUCUCCAGGUAAAGGAUAAGCAAAAGAAAAAACAACCUACGAAGGGUAUUCGGGUAAAUGAAGAUGGUGAUGCGUCUUUUGAAGAUCUAUCAAACUCUGUGGCUCAGGGUACUGCAGAUAACGAUAAUGCCAUGAACCCAGAGGGAUCAAAGUCCAGUAACAAAAAGAGAAAAGCUGCCUCGGAUAAGCAAACUUCGAGGGCAAAAAAUUCCCAAAAGAUGAGUGAACUGAGUACUAUGCCUAUAGAUGACCAAUUGGAUGAUAUCCACCUAAAUACUGAUCCAGUGGAUCAGAAACCGAAGAGACCAAAGAGAAUAAAGAAGAAUGUCAAUGAAAAGUUUGAAGAGGCUUUUACUGGCACAGCUACCGUGGUCCCAGAGCAGACCCAGUUUCAACCUCCACAUGAUUUCAAUGCUGGCGGGUCUAAAGUUGAAUCAGGCCAAGACACCUGAAACAGUGACUCCUGACCAUUAAGUUUUGCGCGAAAUCUGGGGUAGUUACUGUUCUAUCAGAUUCAGCCCUGUGGAUUAAGAUUUUCUGGGGUAGACUGCUAAAUUUGUUCUGUAGGUGAUCUGCAGUUGAUAGCUCCCUUGUUGGAUAUUGACUAACUGCAACUAGUGGCUGCACAGUUGAGUCAAUGUAGGGGAAGAUUUAUAACCCAUGCUGUAUAUAGUAGUCCUGCAUAUAUGUUGGUUAUAGAUCUACCCCUCUUCUAGUAUGCAGGGUUUGUUUGUACAUAUGGGGUUAUCCUCACUAUUCUUUGUACCACAAGCAAUAUUGGUAACUUACAUAAUAUACUAGUCUUGUUAAGGCCA